UUUUGCUGUGAGCAGCCCUAAGCAGCGGCUGGGCGCUCAGCAGAGGUAACUAUGACUUUUGCUAAGCAAGCCUGCCGUCCUCGGCAGCCGCUUCCGCGGCCCCGACUGCGCGGCCACAGCAGCUCCGGGUGUUAGCGGUGGGAGACUGGCACCCCCGCCCGCUCCCCCAGCCUGGUGGCCGCUGUCUGGGCCGCUGAAUCUGCCCCGGGGACCCCGGCUCGCCUGCUAUGCACAGCAUCCUGUUCCCGCGCCCUCACCUGCAGCUCCCGGGUGGAUGCGGCGAGCCCACGGAGGGGCAUGCUUCCACGCACCAAGUACAACCGCUUCAGGAAUGACUCGGUGACAUCGGUUGAUGACCUUCUGCACAACCUGUCCGUGAACCGCGGCGGCAAGGUCUCCGCGGCGCGCGCAGCCCCUGCGGCGGCCCCUUACCUGGUGUCCGGAGACACGCUGCGCAAGGCUCCCGACGAUGGCUCGGGCAGCCUGGGUCACCUGCUCCACAAGGUGUCCCACCUAAAACUCUCCAGCUCGGGUCUCCGCGGCCUGUCCGUGGCCAAGGAGCGGGCAGGCACACGGCUCUCCGGCAGCUGCAGCGCACCCAGCCUGGCCGCCCAGGACAGCAGUGCGCCCCCCGGUCCCGGUGCACCGGCCAUGCGCGCUGCCAGGAAGGGCCGGCUGGGUGAGGAGCAACCAUCCCGCACAGGCCCCGCCAGCGACCAGGUGCUGGGGGCCGGGGUCACCUACGUUGUCAAGUACUUGGGGUGCAUUGAAGUUCUACGCUCAAUGAGGUCUCUUGACUUCAGUACAAGAACACAAAUUACCAGGGAAGCCAUCAGCCGUGUUUGUGAAGCUGUUCCUGGCACCAAGGGAGCCUUCAGGAAGAGAAAGGUAGUGUCCUCACAGCCUCCAAGCAAAAUGCUGUCCAGCAUCUUCGGCAAGAGCAACCUCCAAUUUUCGGGGAUGAACAUCUCCCUGACCAUAUCUACCGCCAGCCUGAACCUGCGGACACCAGACUCAAAACAGAUUAUAGCGAAUCACCAUAUGCAGUCCAUCUCCUUCGCCUCUGGGGGGGACCCGGACACAACAGACUAUGUUGCAUAUGUAGCUAAAGACCCUGUUAAUCGCAGAGCUUGUCACAUUCUGGAAUGCUGUGAUGGGCUGGCCCAGGAUGUCAUUGGCUCCAUUGGACAAGCCUUUGAGCUCCGAUUUAAGCAGUAUUUGCAGUGUCCUUCCAAGAUUCCCACUCUUCAUGACCGAAUGCAGAGUCUAGAUGAGCCAUGGACUGAGGAGGAGGGUGAUGGCUCAGAUCACCCAUACUACAACAGUAUUCCAAACAAGACUCCUCCUCCAGGGGGGUUUGUUGAUUCUCGACUGAAAGCCAGACCUCAUGCCCCUGACACAGCCCAGUUUUCAGGAAAAGAGCAAACUUAUUACCAGGGAAGACACUUAGGAGACUCAUUUGGUGAAGAUUGGCAGCAAACACCUAUCAGGCAAGGGUCCAUGGACACCUACAGCUUUCCAGAAGGGAAAGUGCACAUGGCCCCUAUGGGAGAAGCCCCCGCAUACGUGAAUACCCAGCACUUCCCUCUGCAGGCUGGACCAGCUGCAGGAAGCAGCACAGAGAGCAGCCCCAGGAAGGACCUCUUUGACAUGAAACCUUUUGAAGAUGCUCUUAAGAACCAGCUCAUGGGACCAGUGCUGAGCAAGGCUGCCUCUGUGGAGUGCAUCAGCCCUGUCUCACCUACAGCCCUGGAUGCUGUGAUGCUAGAAGAGCUGAAGGCUGAGCCUUGGUACCAAGGUGAGAUGAGCAGGAAGGAGGCAGAGGGGCUGCUGAAGCGAGAUGGAGACUUCCUGGUCAGGAAGAGUACCACCAACCCUGGCUCCUUUGUUCUCACUGGAAUGCAUGAUGGCCAGGCCAAGCAUCUUCUGCUCGUGGACCCAGAAGGCACGGUGAGCAUGAUCCGGACAAAAGACAAGAUCUUUGACAGCAUCAGCCACCUCAUCAAUCACCACCUGGAGAACAGCCUGCCCAUCGUCUCCUCUGGGAGUGAGCUAUGCCUCCAGCAGCCUGUGGAGAAGAACCUGUGACCAGCCAGAAGCCCUGUCUUGACACUGCUCCAUGGUCAGGACUCAGUUCUUUCUGGUAGAUGUGUAUCAGGCAAUAGGAACUCAGGCAGCUGCUCACGGGCUUAGAGCCUUAUUCCAAAGCCCUAGGAGGAAAGUAUGUGUAAAGUGCAGGGUUCAUAAACUUCUUCCUAUUUCUCAUGUGUGUAGUGAAGGUGUAAAUACCUAUACAUCCUGUACAAAUGAUCCCUCUAUAUUUCUACUUUUUAAUACUAAGAAAGAGGUAAGACUAAUGUUCUGUGCUGUAUGUUUUUAAUGAAAAAAUGUUUGACUGUAGUUGUCUGGGCAAAACUUUAAUUAAGCUGACCCAUUCCACUGGGAAAGUCCACUAAGAAGGUUUUAUCUGAAGUUUACCUAAUAAGCACAAAAUGGGGAGCAAGUAGAAGCAAGCAGGAGAGUUGGUAAUUGACACAGGGUUGUAAUAGAAUCAGACAAGAUGCUACCCAAAGAGGUCUAGGUCUGCAUGCAAAGCAGUGUUCUGGUGGUUCUGAUGGCUGCCCCUCCUCCUCUAAGAUGCCUCCUGGGCUGUCUGCAUCACACCUGAGUGUAUGAGGGUAUCCAGCACCAGAGGGCUCCUAUAACUACUCUAAGGAGCAGGUGUCACAUCAGCUGUUUUGAGUCAUGCUGAGCCCAGGAAUGCUGUCCCCCAUGACCUAGGUUGUCCAGGGCUUCUUGGGAAUGCAUUUUACUGUCAAAUAUGGUAUAAAAUAAACCUCACUAAUGAAGAUUAGUGAAAAUAAGCCUCAAAAUGAGGUGGUUUGGCAAUGCAUUGGUUUGCACGUCUUUCUGGUAGACCAGUUCAUUCCAGGCUGCUUCAGUAGCUGUUGGUAAAGUUGCCCCUCAUCUUCUUACAUUCAGUAGAGAAAAAAAGCACGUGUAUGAACUGUGCCAAACAGGGCACACACAUGCUCUCAGUUCUGUCUGGAGACACUGUCAUCAGCCAGUUAUUUCUCCUGGGCCCAUCCUUGCCUGAAGCUGGGCACUUGUGAGAAUCAAUUUGAAAAUCUUCUGGAGUGAUUGGUGGGUAAGGCGACUGAUUAUCUCUACAACAGGAUUCCCAGUAGCUCCAUGUAAAGGUGUGUGCCCCAUGCAGUGCUGAGUGUUGGCUCCUUUCUUUGAGAUAAAAUACUGUAAUUUCCUGCUGGAUCUUUUGGUGUUGGGAAGGUGAUAAUAUUUAUGACCUUUAAAAUAUACCUGGGAUGAGGCCACUGUGUGACUGAACAAAUGUCUGUUAAAAGAUAGAAGGAUUCAUUUGUGUGCAGGCACCUUGUCACUGGUGCUGCCAUGCUGGCCCCUGUCCCAGAGACAUCCCAGAGCAUGCCCACCUCCUUGAUCAGUGCAGCACAGAGAUGCUCCCUACACAGGAGUUAAGGGUAGAUUUAAACAAUUCUGAAGAGUACUAAUUCUGUAAAAUUCCUGUGUAUGAAGCCCAUUUCCAUUUUUGGAGAUUUGUGGCCAGGGCGGGAGGGUGAGAUAUAGUUGAUGGGAAGGAUGGGUCAGAGCAAGGUCAAGACUGAGUAUAUAGACUUUGGAGAUUUUGCUCUUUGAGGUUCCAGUGAAUUCAAGGUGACAGUGGCUCCAAUCUUCUAGAGUGUUCCACAAUGGAUUGGAACUAAUCUAGGCCACUCUGCUGCUUCCUGGAAUGAUUCCAGGUGCAGUGCAGAUGCCCUGCUCCAAAUUACCUAGAACAUGGGGUCUGAAUGGGAACAGCAGCUGGCCCUGCCUCCUGCCCUGUGACAACACAGAGUUUGGGGUGGUGGUGAUAACGGCCCUGUGCUCCCUUUCUAGAGGCCUGUGGAUGCUCAUACUCAUCUGAGCUCCAUGAGGAAGCAUGAGCCUUCUCUGUGUAUGGAAUACACACAUGUAAAAACAGACAAAAUAGCUUUCUUUUCUACAAUCUUGCAUGCCCCACUUGCAAGGCUGCAGUGCUAGUGUGACAGGGCAAGAGCAAGUAGGCAGGGAGAGUUACAAACCAUGAGCUCCUGAACACUUGACCUGUUUUACUUCUCCUCUUGGAAACCUGCAGUUUAAGUGGCUCUCUGCUCUGAAGUCACUGUUUAUCUCCACAAUAAGCAAUGUGUGUGUGUGUGUGUGUGUGUACACAUAUAUGUGGUGGUUUUUUUUUUUUUUUGCAUGAGAAUCAAUUUAGAAAAUUAAAAGUAUUUGGAGACCAAAGUCUGUUUCAAUAUGAACUCAAAAUAUGCCUUUUAAAGCUCAGAUUAUAAGGUUGCUUACAAUGAACAGAGACACAGGGGAGCAAAUUUGAGAUAUGGCAGAUGGCCGUGAUUUUCCUGUCUUUGCUCGCUCCAUUUGUAAAGCUUGUUAGAGCUCACAUGACUCAUCUCAUUUCUUCCUUCAGGCAGGUGUGAUGGGCAUAAAUGUGAGCCUCACUCAUAGACAGGGAAACUGAAGCUCCAACUCAUUCAAGACCUCAUGAUUGGUGAACAGCAGAGCUAUUCUGCCUAUUCCUCGUCUCUCCAUCUCUGCUGAGCUUGGAGCUCAAGACUUGGAGGCAGAUGUGAUGGGGCCUCCUCCCUGUCCAGAAUGGGUCCUUCCUCCAGCAGUUUCUCCAACUGUGUCCCUGCCUGUGCAAAGGCAGGAAGAGCAGCACUGGGUGAGUGUUACAGCACUCCUGAUGCCCAGGGCACAUAUGUUGUGGCUGUGCAGAGCCACGCUUGACCCACAGGAUGCUUCAAGCAUACUGCCUCUCUCAUGGGACCCCUGCCACUCAACCCAGGCCUCUGUGUCUGCUGGAAGCACAAGACAGCAGUCCUAAAAUGUCCUAGCUUGUGGAAUGGCCCUGGAACCCCCUAUCCAUCUCCCCUCCCACCUGCACCAUCCUUUAUGAAUUAUCAGUGCUUCAGAUUGCAUUCUGGUCUUACUGAGAUCCUGUGAGGCCUCCUAUGAGGUCAUUCAUCUCUGGUUUAAGUCAACUUUGAUGCUUGACUACCAAGGACACCCUGAAUAUCUCAGUGGGCAGGCUGAUAAACAGUGCAUCAAGACAACUGCCAGUCUACAUCCUGUGCCUAAGCUACUGCUUCUGGCCAUUUUUUUUUAUCUGAGAGACCAAACGACCAGUUUGCACUGAGUCUUGACUCAUGUUUCACUUGAGCAACAAUUCUGUUUAAGCCCAUCUUGAUGUUGGGAUAAAUGAACAAAGACCCAACUGGGAAACAUAUGGUGUCUUGAGGGUUUCCUGGUGGAAAAGGUCAUCACCGAUAAUUUCCAACGAGAACAGAGAGUGACAAGCCAUGUGUGGGGGAAAAGACAUGUAAAGCAAGAGCAGACCUGGGGUCAGGACAGCACUUUGUGUGGCUCCCUGUAAAGGCCCUCAGGCUCAGGGACACUGUUUUCUGACUCUGUGCCUGUUUUGGGGUCUUGAUGGGGCUGAAGAAUUUGCAUUUCUAAUAAAUUGUGAGUGAUGCUGGUGGGCAUUCUAGGCUUUGAGAACCACCAUUGUGAGUUUCCAGACGUGUAUAUCCCUUAUUGAUGGCUUCCCCCCUCUAUGAUUAUUCAGGGUGAGGCAAAAGUAGAUCUACAGUUGUUUGUAUGGAAAAUAAUACAAUAAUUAAUAAAUGAUAAUACAAGAAUACAUUGUUUUACAUACAACUGUAAACCUACUUUUGCCCCACCCUGUGUUUUCAUGCUACUUCAUGUCAUAGUUCCAAGGGUCCAUGCUGUGAGUGUAAAAGUGGAAGAUUAAUAAUUAGCAUUUAUAACUUGAUUCAAUCAUUGCUGGAAGAUAAAAUGCCACCAGCCAGCCACAGUUUAUUUAUGAGAUUUAUACAUAUUUGUAAGUUUGCAAGCAACAUCAUAAAUAGUUUUAAAACAAGCACAUAUAGCAGCCAGAAAAAUUGCAACUUCAUACGAAGAUUUGUGAAUGUCAGUCACAUAUGUGUAGCUACACAUACAUGUACCUGCAUUGUUUGAUGGGUGUGCAUCUGUCUGUGUGCACAUGAAGGUUGGUUGUGCAGUUUGCACCUUGAGACUUCCCCCUGGGUUUUGAUAUUUUGGUUAAAAAAGACAAGUAGGAAGCUAAACAAAUGUUAAGAGUUUGGGGACUGACGUGUCCUGGCAUUCACAGACAUCUGGAGGAGGGUCCUGGGUAUUGCAUAAAAAAGACAGGAAGGGCCCACUGUGGAAAAUGACAGAGGAACAUGAAGGAAAAGAGGCCAGCAAGGAAGAUAAGGAGAAGAGAGGACCAGAGGGUAGAGGAGGAUAAGGUAAAAAGGAGGAGGUAUACAAUCAACUCCAGACUAAUGACCUAUAUCUAUCCGGCAGUGUGCAGUGUCUGUGGGAGGCCAGUGAGGAAGGACAAGCACAGUCAGGCAUGGUAGAGGCUGUCCUCAACACAGUGUUCUAUGAGGGGCAGGGAGCAGCUGUAUAUUUAUUUGUCACCACUUCUCAGCAUUUCUAUCCAGUCUGCUCUUGGUCUUGUCUGUACAGUAGUUCACACGUGGCAGGCACUGUGCUGGGCUCCUGGGAUAAAGAAGUGAAUGAUGGGGGUUCUGCCUGUCUGAGAGUGUAAUCCAGUAGGUAGUACACAUGCAUAGGGUGUUGGUGUGACAAGCCUGAUGGUGUUGUGGCCGAGUCCAAUAGUACUGUGGAGACUGGAGCUCCUGGGUGGACCUGGAGAGUCUGAAGGCCUUGUAAACUGAAGGGCAGGUGAGACAUGAUCAUGAAUACAGGAAGAAAAGGCCUGGAGAUCCAGGAGUAGGUAGCACACCCUCACACAGGCACAAUGGCUGGUGUUAGCAGGGGUGUUGGGCCUGUGUCAGGAGGUGAAGCUGCUGUCACUUCUCUCUUCCUUUCUGUGUUCACAGAGGCCCCAAAUAAAUGAAUCCCUCAAGCCCCGCAAAACAUACUGCUUCCUCCUGGGGGGCUAGAAGAGCCAUUCUCACAUGGGAAAUGAAAUCUCAGUUUAAGUUCCUAUUUUGUUGUGUCACCUUGAAAUACUACAAGUAGAAAAUUUAGCAUGUUGGAACACAUACUGUUGUCCUGAGGGGUGAGGUGAUUCUUUCAGGUUUACCUGGGACAUGCCACCACGCCAAGAGGUUCUAACCACCAAAUCAAGAGAUUUAAAGCAAAAAUCAAUGGGAAAAAUCUAUCCUUUAAGUUGAAUUACCUGGUAACAACUCUGUGUGGACUGCAAAUGGAAUGUUCUCUGUUCAUUUGACUUUUGAAUAUAACUUGUUCUAGAAUAAAUAUUGUAAAAUUAAGUGUGUGAAUGUUUGUACUCAGAUUUAAACAAGAAUUAAACAUUUGAUCUUUAAAUCCAAGGAUUAGGUAAGAACUUCACAUAAAUUUAAUGUGUAAUAAGAUAUUUAUUACUUUUUUAAAAAGCAUUUGGAUGACAAAUUAUACAUAUUGAUAAAUAUUAUUUUAAAAUGUUGUGUUUGGUUUUCCACUAACUUUUGAGAAACAAAAAAGAAUUAUUGUAAAGUUGUCUGUCUGGGUUUAUUGCCAAUUCACCACUUUCUACUUUGAUAUUGUAACAGAAUGGGCCUUUGGAAAUCUCCAAGGAGUGGAAAUACAGAAGUGAUUUCAAGUUUUGUAAUCUCUGCUCCAUGAAAAAUGAUAACACUGAAGUUAUUUGGCUGAUAUUUGGGAGAUUUGGCAAUCCAACAGGGAAGAAAAUUGGCUUAAAUUCUCUCCUCACCUUCUGAGAACCCACUUUACUUCUUUAGGAAGUUAUGUGAUUUCCAGUUGCAGACCCUUGAUGAUGCACUUAGCACAUCCCUGUACCUCUGAUGUAGCCUAGUAUGGGGGCUUCUUGGCAUCCCCAGGUGUCAUCAUUGUGUCCCAACAGGGAGGUUGUCAGCAAUGUAUGCAAUGCUGCACUUAUCAUUGAUUAUCAGAAAAUGUGCCUUCAUUUUCAUAAUAGUGGUGUGUGCAUUUCUAACUAUGUAGCAAACCCUUUGAUCUCUGGCUUAGAUACUAAAACAUUGCGUUGAGGUUUUGCACUCCUAGAAAUUUAAAAGCAUGGACUUGGUAACUUAUUUAGAAGUUUUCUAUAAAAUACACCUUGUUACAUUUCUGUGAAAAGCUUUUUGUCAGUGCAGUAUAACCAUGGGUCAAAGGUUGAGAUAACAGCUGUUUUCUAUAUCAUCCAUUGUUUAAAUGACUGUCAUUAUAAUUCUGUGGGCAAUAAAGAAU